UUAUUAAAUAUAAGAAGAAAACUUUUAAAAAAAAAGAUAAAAUUUCAUGUAAUUUAGCGAUUUUUGUCCAACUUACAUUUCACUUUUAGGUGGGCGGACCCUUGUUCCCUAAUUAGUGUGGAGGAGACCUAAAGGUGCCCAGCCUCCUAUACUCUAGGCCAAUGAACCGGUAGGUAUCCAUGCCAGUAAAGGAAAGAAAAUUUCUGACUGGUCGGGUUAUUCUAAAAAUUGACAAUGAUAUCAUCCGUUCACAGUAUAUAAGGUCCCAAUUACAUCCAACAGUGUUCAAUAUCUUUCUCCUUGAACUAUUUUAUCUCGUUAACUCCAAUUCCCUUUUAAGAGCGAUUUUUAGUUUUCGUUAAUUUGAUUGGUGCUCAAACCAAGCUCGGACGUCGUUUAUACUUAUAGCUGUGAUCACGACUUUAAUAACCUUUCAUAUUUCUUCACGAUUUGAGUGUUUAAAAAUGCCAUCCAAAAAUAGAAGGAAGAGAGAAAACGAUCGCCUGCUUCAUCAAAAGGGAGCGAAAUGCAUGAAGUUGACUACUUUUUUUGGAAAAAAGGACUGUAAUCGGAAUGCGGAUGCCAAAAAUUUGCCCUUGGAUGAACCAAUCGAAUGCAACAGGCAGGAGAACUCUGAAAUACAGCCAGCAAUUGAAGGAGGCUCCCAACUACAAAAUGAAGCAAUGGAAUGCAAUACACAGGAGAACUCAACUGAAAUUCAGCCUGCAAAUGAAGGAUGCUCCCAACUUCAAGUAUUGGAGGAACAAUUCAAAGAUAAUGCAGUGCUAUUAGAACAGAGUGCCAUAGAAUGUAACAGACAGGAAGAAUCGACUCUUCUUUCCCAGCUAUCUGAACAAAAUUUCGAUCUAUUACCUUCAAAUGAGAGUCCAUGCACAACUUCAUGCUCCCAACUUCAAAUAUCACUGGAAAAAACAAAAGAAAGUUCCUUGUCUACCCCAACAGAGAUUGAAAUCCUGGAUAAUGAAGUUACUAUUCCUAAUAAGAGCAAUUCAUUUGAAACAGAAGCUGAAAAGUCGAAGAAAAAAGGUAAACACAAAAUGACUUUUGAUCAGAAAUGGUUAGAAACUUUUCCUUGGUUGAGACAUAGUCUCAAAGACUUGAAAGAUGUUUUGCAUUGCAAUUUAUGCAUUAAACACAAAAAAAAUUCUGAUUCUCCAUGGGUGAAAGAUGGGUGCAUAAGUAUACGUCUAGACAAAAUAAAAGCCCAUGAGAAAUCUGCCACCCACAUGGCUUCAAUAGUUCAAGAAACGAACUUUUUAACUUCAAAUAAUUUAUCAAGUGAAAAUCCAGAGUCGAAAACAUUCAAAGCAGUUAAAGCAGGAAUGAAAACAUUGCAUUUCCUUGUGGAAAAUAAUUUGCCAUACACUACAUUAUUUGAACCCUUAAUUAAAUUUUGCAUCGAGGAAUUAGAUUGUUCCAUUUUAAAGCCUCUUAGAAAAGCAAAAAAUGCAAGUUACACCAGUUACGCAUCAACAAAUGAAUUUUUGAAUGUCAUGGCUUCCGUAAAAGAAAAAGAACUUUUAGACGAUAUUAACAAAAGUCCAUGUUUUUCAGUUUUGGCUGAUGAAACUUCUGAUUUGAAUAACCGGAAGCAUAUGGCCAUGGCUGUGAGUUACUUAAAAGAGGGGGAAGAAAAAACUUCUUUUGUCAAGAAUACUAUGAUACCUGACGGCAAAGCUGAAACUAUUUUCACCGAAAUAUCUCAGGUGGUUGAUGACUGUGGGGGCAUACAUAAAAUGUCUGCAUUUGUAAGCGAUGGAGCAAGUGCAAUGGUUGGCAAAAAUGAUGGGGUUGUCGCAAAAUUGAAAAGAAGUAACGCCAAAAUAAUACCCAUUAAUUGUAUGAAUCAUCGAUUAGCCCUAGCGACAAAGGACAGUUUUGAAGCAACGAGACGAUUCCUAAAGGUCGAUGAGGUGUUAACGAGCACAUACAAAUACUACAAGCAAAGUUCAGCAAGAACCAACAGUUUGGUUAAUGCCCAAAAUCUUUUUACGAAGGAAAAGGGUAAAACCAUAAAAAGAGUUGGCUUCACGAGAUGGCUGUCUCAUAAUGAGGCUCUGAACUCUAUACGAUGUAAUUAUGAAGCCAUCUUAGCAGAUUUGGAAAAUGCUGCUGUAGCAAAAGGAAAUCCUAAUCUCAGUGGUCCAGAUCCUAAUUCGCUUUUAAAAAUAUACAAGCAGUAUGAAUUUUUUCAAGCCAUACACUUCUUGUGUGAUGCCCUCUCAGUCAUUACAAACCUUAACCUCCACCUUCAACGUAAGGAUUCUGACUUAAGCUCUAUUGAAGCAAAUGUGCAAAACACCUUGGCAGAGAUAAAGAAACUAAAAAAGAGACCAGGUGGAACCUACUGCAAGAAAUUGGAAGAGCGCGCCAGGCAACUGAAAAUAAUUGCCCCGAUAGGAGCCACCGAUGGUUCAUUCGAAGCUGAUGCCCGAGUUUUCCUCGACCUUUUACAUUCGAAUGUUUCAAAAAGAUUGGAAAAUCUGGAAAUUAUCACGAAUUUAGGAAUUUUGGAUCUUCGAAAAGUCCCAGAAGGAACUGAUUUAUCUCUGUAUGGAAAUACGGAGAUAAUGGAACUAGCAGAGUAUUUCGAAAUGGAAGAAGACGUUUUAAUGAAAGAAUGGAAAAAUUUCAAGGAUUUUUAUGUUGUUAAAAGUAACAUUCCACAUGAUGCUCUGUCAAUACAAAAGCUUACAUCCAUGAUGUUCAAGCAAAAGAUGAUUGUUGGCGAUAUGUUUCCAUCUAUUGGACAGUUAAUGAACAGAGCAUGUGUGAUUCCAACUUCAAAUGCAGAAGUUGAAAGAAUAUUUUCGCAAAUUAAACUUGUGCUCACAGAUAACAGAAAUCGUUUGAAAGUUGAGCAAGUUCACAAGUUGAUGAUUUUGAAAUUAGGUGGCAAGUGUGACUUUACAAAGGCCGUUGAAGAGUGGAACAAUUUGAAAAAGAGACGCAUCCUUCUUUAAAAAGAAAUUUUGUGUUUUAUCAAACUCUCAACAGUGUAUACGUUAUUUCUCUUAUAUAUAUAUCCUGAAGCAGAAAGUGCCUAAAACUGUGGCCUACGUCGUAGAACAAACGAACUCCUGCUGAACAACUUGUAUCUUGAAUAAGUGACAGCAUUUUUCUGCGAAUCCCCCAUCUACCUCCGGUAGUCUUGCAGAAUAAUCCCCAGCCCAUAUCUCAUACAUUCUUCUAUACCAUAAUGACCUGAAGGUUUAAAAGUUUGCGCUCAUAAUCUCACAGAACAUUUCAUCCCUCCUCUGUCAGAAAGUACGUUUCAAGAAGUUGCUCUGCCAGAUUUGCCUGUUAGCUCCAGAAAGACUACGCUACAUCUUAAAUAAUUCUGAGAAAUAAUUCUCUGUCUAAUAAUUCUUUCUAUAUUUUCCUCAGAUGCAAUGCAAAUGAUAAUCAACAUUGAUUCCGUAUUGGAGCAGUAUGAAAUAUAUUUUGAAAACGAGAAAACUCUGAUAUUAUCAUUAAACGAAUGAAAAUUCUCUUUAGUAUUAACCACUUGCCAUUUCCCAGGAAUGAUGAGGCUUUAGAAGAGGAACAUUUGACACACUGCACAAAUUUCAGCACAUUUAUCAGUAAUAUCCCUCUCCCAUUUCUUUGCCAUUCUGAGGAGGAAAUUAAUGAAUUAGCUUUUGGCUAUAACAUUUUUAUAAAAUGGGUGUAUCAGUUUUUAGCAGACAGCAGGAGAAAUCGAUCACCAUUUUUAUCAAGAGAGCUUCUAAAGAAAGCCGUAAAAGAAUUAAAUUAAGAGAUUUCCAAUUUCAAAAUGUUUAUGACUUUUAUAUUUUCCAUUCCCAUUUCAAAAGCAAUUUGUGAAUCGUGGGGAUCAAAGAUUGUCAGAAUUACUUCUAAAAGAUCAAAUACUUUCGAUGGAGAUAAAGAAGUUGUUGGAACAACAGAGCAGCGAAUGUUUGUGUUUGCGAAUGGUGCCCCAUCUGGGCACUCGUCUCUUCGAAAGAUUUUUAAGAUUAUUUUAAUGUUCGAACCUUCAUAUCAUAGGCAUUUUAUUAAUAAUUUCUCAUCAUCAUCGCCAUUAGCAAAAUUUUGUACUUCAAAAGUGAUUGAAAAAGUAACAUAUCAAGAAUGUUGAACAAAGCAAGUGUGAUACCAACUUCAAAUGCUGAAGUUGAAAGAAUAUUUUCUCAAAUUAAACUUGUGCUCACAGAUAACAGAAAUUGAUUGAAAGUUGAACAAGUUCUCAAGUUGAUGAUUUUGAAAUUAAGUGUUAAAUGUGACUUCACAAAGGCUGCUGAAGAGUGGAAUAAUUUGAAAAAGAGAUUCAAAUUAAUUUUUGAAUGCCAUGGCUUCCGUAAAGUCAAUGGUAGAAGAUGAGUGUGGAAAUACAGCGAUAAUAGAAUUAGCAGAGUAUUUCGAAAUGGAAGACAUUUUACUGAAAGAAUGGGGAGAUUUCAAAGAUUUUUAUGUUGCCAAAAGUGACAUUCCACAAAUUGUUCUGUCCAUACAAAAGCUUACAUCUAUGAUGUUCAGACAAAAGGUGACUGUUGUUGGUGAUAUGUUUCCCUCUAUUGGACAGUUGGUUGUGGCUGACAGUUAUCUAAAAGACUGGGAAGAAAAAACUUCUUUGGUCGGGGAUACUAUGAUACCUGGAGGAAAAAUGGAAAGAAGUUGACAGUUAUUGAACAUAGCAUGUGUGAUACCAACUUCAAAAGCAGAAGUUGAAAGAAUAUUUUCCUAAAUUAAACUUGUGCUCACAUAUAACAGAAAUUGACUGAAAGUUGAACAAGUUCUCAAGUUGAUGAUUUUGAAAUUAAGUGUUAAAUGUGACGUCACAAAGGCUGCUGAAGAGUGGAAUAAUUUGAAAAAGAGAUUCAAAUGAAUUUUUGAAUGCCAUGGCUUCCGUAAAGUCCCUGGUAGAAGAUGAGUGUGGAAAUACAGAGAUAAUAGAAUUAGCAGAGUAUUUCGAAAUGGAAGACAUUUUACUGAAAGAAUGGGGAGAUUUCAAGGAUUUUUAUGUUGCCAAAAGUGACAUUCCACAAAUUGUUCUGUCCAUACAAAAGCUUACAUCCAUGAUGUUCAGACAAAAGGUGACUGUUGUUGGUGAUAUGUUUCCCUCUAUUGGACAGUUGGUUGUGGCUGACAGUUAUCUAAAAGACUGGGAAGAAAAAACUUCUUUGGUCGGGGA